AUGAUGGUUAUCAAUGGCGAUCGGAAGUCAGUCUUAGAGGGCACAUGGGCUCUUGGGGGCAUCGCAAUCAUCGUGGUGAUACUCCGAAUAAUUGCGAAAGCCAGGCUUCGCCAUCUCGGAUCGGAUGAUGUUACAAUGCUUGCAUCUCUGGGUUUCGCCCUCGCCGCAUCGAUACACUUCACAAUCUCAAUUCUUGACUACGGCUUUGCAUCAGGUCGUCCUGGGGCCGACGAACCCACUGCUCUCAAGUACUAUACCAUAACGGAGGCCUGCAGCGUUGCAAGUACCUGCCUAGGCCGGGUAGCAUUCAUUCUCUACCUAUUGCCAGUUCUCUCAACGAGGAGAGUCUUUAAGAUAAGCCUAUGGGUACUGUUCGCAGUGCAAGUAGUGGCAAAUAUUGUCAUGAUUGUUCUCAUCUUAGCCCAAUGUCGCGAUAUCCGUGGGGUUUGGGAUGAAGAAUACGCCACGCACUGCAUGGAAGACUAUAUUCAGCUCUAUUUCGGUUACUUCCUCUGCUUCUGCAACUCCUCCGCAGACUUGCUACUAGCAGUCCUUCCGUGCUAUAUUUUCUGGGAUCUUAAGUUAAAGCCGAUCAUCAAGUUCAGCCUUAUGAUUCUCACGAGCUUAGGUGUUCUUGCAACUGUCGGUGCCAUAAUGAAGGCUGUAUAUCUCAAGCAGAUCCUGACCUGGGAUGGUACCGCUAACGCAAUAUAUCUUACCUGCUGGGCUAUGAUCGAAUGCUAUCUUGUUAUUAUCUCCGCCUCCGUUCCCUGCCUUCGCUCACUGGUUGUUUCUUCCGUGCGCCAGUUAUUCGCAAGUGACAAGUCUAGCACUUUUCCUUUUACCUCAUCGUACAGGAAAAAAUCAACAACCAACCAACGAACGACGAAUCGCGUGCAAACGAAUCGCGAUGCCUCUGGGAGCAGACAGAAUAUCUUCUCUGGUGUACGAGAGGACAUUGAGAUGGGGACUACUAGGACUUCUGUGAAUGCAAAUGACAGCGAUGACGGGGUGGACACAGCGCCGGAUGGAAUUGCAAAGAGGGUGGACGUUAGCAUCACAUGGGAGCAAGGGCAUGGCCGAGGCGGUGUUGCCUAG